AUGGGGGCCCCAGUAACCCCGGCCUGCCUGCUGCUCCUUCUGCACCUCACAGCUGGGACGUCUGCAGAGCCGCGCUAUGUGGUGGUGAGCCCAGCCGUGCUCUACCACCCGCACACGGGGACGGUGUCAGUUCAUCUCAGCGACCUCAACGAGACCGUCCGGGUGAGCGUCCGGCUGGAGAGGGGGGAUGGGCCCAGCGCUAUCCCCCUGCUGGAGAGAGAGGUCCAGGAGCCCCGUCUGCACGAGAACGUGCGCUUCCAGGUGCCAGCCCCAUCCGGGGGGCGGCAGGACGCGGUGGAGCUGCACGUCUCGAUCCGGGGAGACGCCCUGCACUUCUCUGAGCGGAAGAAAGUGCUGCUGCAGGCACUGGAGCCCGGGGCCUUGGUGCAGACGGACAAGGCCGUCUACAAGCCGGGACAGACAGUGAAGUUUCGAAUCGUCAGUUUGGACAAAGACUUCAUUCCCAGUCCCAGGAAGCUGCCCCUGGUGACUCUGCAGGAUCCCAGCGGGAACCGCAUCGCCCAGUGGCGAGAUGUAACUCCGCAGCAGGGCAUCGUGGAUCUGUCCCUCCCGCUGUCUGCAGAGCCGGCCCUGGGGACGUAUGCCAUCCAGGCGCAGGGGACGAGGCACUCGUUCAGCGUGGAGGAAUACGUGCUGCCCAAGUUCGAAGUGAUCCUCGAGCUGCCCCCCGUGGUGACGGUGCUGGAUGAGACGAUCCUGCUGCGAGUGUGUGGCCGAUACAGCUACGGGAAGCCCGUCCUGGGGAGGGUCCAGGCCAGCCUGUGUUGGGAGAAACAACCAUCAUAUCCGUGGUACCGUUUCUAUCUGGGGCUAACUGAGUGCAUGAAGCUCACUGGCCAGACUGAGAGCAACGGCUGCUUUUCCAGAGAGGUGGGGACGGCUCCCUUCAACCUGACCCACUCUGGCUACAAGAGGAGCCUCCAGGCCAAGGCCUCUCUCAUGGAGGAGGGGACAGGGGUGGAGCUCAACGCGACCAAGCACUGCGAUAUCGUGUCUGAAAUCGCUACGGUGACCUUUGAGGACGCUGACGCUACCUACAAGGCUGGAAUCCCCUACACUGGCAAGAUGCUUCUGAAGGCAGCAGAUGGCUCUGCGCUGAAGAAUGAGAAGCUGCAGCUCUUUGUUAGCUAUGGAGAUAAGAAUAAGGCCCAGACCUUCCUGACGGACGAGUCUGGCAGAGCCUCCUUCAAGCUGGACACCUCUGGCUGGACCGGGAGCGUCACUCUGAAGGGGCACUUCAAGCAGGUGAACGACAGCGCUGAGGAUGACACAGUCUCUCCCAUUUACCCGGAUACCCAUCGUUACCUGGAGCCCUUCUACUCCAAGAGCCAGAGUUUCCUGAAGAUCCGCUCGCUGGGUGGGGUGCUGCCCUGCGACCAGGCCCAGCAGCUCCAGGUGGAUUACAUCAUUGCUAGAGAGGCCCUGAGGAACGUGUCCAGGAGCCUGGAUUUCAUCUUCCUGGUCGUGGCCAAGGGAGCCAUCACCAGGAUCCUCCACAAGGGGCUGGACCUCAGGGAGGGGGCUGGGCUGAAGGGCUCCUUCUCUGUGGAGCUGCCCAUUGGUGCUGAGCUGGCGCCCGCUGCCAAGGUGCUGGGUUACACGGUGCUGCCCAAUGGAGAGAUGGCUGCCGAUGGCACCCUGCUGCGCAUGGCCAAGUGCCUCCCGAACAAGGUGAAGCUGGCCUUCUCGCAGGACCGGGCCCUGCCGGGCUCAGAGCUCCAGCUGCGGGUGCAGGCUGCCCCCGGGUCCCUGUGCGCCGUCCGCGCCGUGGAUCAGAGCGUGCUGCUCAUGAAGCCCGAGGCCGAGCUCAGCGUCGACACCGUCUAUAACUUGCUCCCCGAUUUUCCCCAAGGAGACUAUCCCGCCGCAGCUCACGAGCCUGACUCAUGUUCUAAUAUGCACGGCGCUCUAGGUCCAGCUUUUCACUGCCACGGCUUAAGUCACAGGUGGAGGUGUCGCAGAGGGACUAGCAGCUGGACUCCUCCACCACGUGACGCCUACAGCCUGUUUAAGGAUGCGGCUUUGAAAAUUCUCACCAACACAGACACCAAGCAGCCCUGUCAAGGUGGACUCUUACACCUGGGGCUCCCUCAACCCACCUUUAUAUCUUUUCUUGGCAUGAUCCCUGGGGCAGCACAUGUGGAUAGUGCAGCAGGGACCCCACGGAUCAAUGACCUGCUAGUGCCAGAACCCAGCACCCAGAAGGAGGCAGCGCCACGUGCAUACUUCCCAGAGACAUGGCUGUGGGACCUGGUCCCUGUGGGCGAGGGGGGCUCCAAGGACAUCCCAGUCUCGGUGCCCGACACCAUCACAGAGUGGAAAGCUGGGAUGUUCUGCACGGCAGAGGUGGGCUUUGGGCUCUCCCCCACAGCCACCUUCAUGGCCUUCAAACCCUUCUUUGUGGAGCUGGCCUUGCCGUACUCCGUGAUCCGGGGAGAGGCCUUCGCCCUAAAGGCCACCGUCUUCAACUACCUGCAGCAGUGCAUCAAGGUGCGGCUGACGCUGGCGGAGUCUGCGCAGUUCCAGGUGCAGGCAAGUGAGGAUGGCGCCUACACCAGCUGCCUCUGUGCAGAUGAAGGGAAAACCUUCCAGUGGGAGGUGACGGCGAGCAGCCUGGGGGAGGUGAACUUCACUGUCAGCACCGAGGCUCUGCACACCGAGGAGCUGUGCGGCAAUGAACUGGCCGUGGUGCCGGCCCAGGGGCGAAUGGACACUGUGAUAAAGCCCCUGCUGGUCCAGCCGGGGGGGAUCCUGGAGGAGAAGGCGCACAGCUCCCUGCUCUGCCAGGAAGCAUCCGAAGAAAUCUCCUUGCAGCUGCCUGCGAACGUCCUGGCAGGGUCCGAGCGGGCCCACGUGACUGUCCUGGGAGACAUAAUGGGCACGGCUCUGCAGAACAUAGACCGCCUGCUGGCCAUGCCCUACGGCUGCGGAGAGCAGAACAUGGUCCGAUUUGCUCCCAACAUCUACAUCCAGCAGUACCUGGAGAAGAGCGGGCAGCUGAGCCCGGAGAUCAGACACAAGGCCCAGGGAUUCCUCCAGAGCGGCUACCAGCGCGAGCUGCUCUAUAAACACAACGACGGCUCUUACAGCGCCUUUGGGGAGAGCGAUGCCGUGGGCAACACCUGGCUGACGGCCUUCGUUCUCAAGUCCUUUGGCCAGGCCAGACCCUACAUCUCCAUCGACGAGAAGCACCUAGAGGACGCCCUAGGGUGGCUGCAGCAUCACCAGCUGGAGAGCGGCUGCUUCCGUAGUGUGGGGAAGCUGUUCAACAAUGCCCUGCAGGGCGGCGUGGUGGACGAGCUCUCUCUCUCGGCUUACAUCACGGCAGGGCUGCUGGAGCUGGGGCAGCCGCUCACGGACCCCAUGAUGACCAGGGCCCUCCAGUGCCUCCAGGAGUCGAGCACCAGUGACCUCUACACACAGGCGCUGCUGGCCUACGCCUUCGGGCUGGCGGGGAGCACAGAGCUGCGGGGCGCCCUUCUGCAGAGCCUGGCCCAGCACAGCAUCAGCGCGGGGGGACAGCUCCACUGGCAGAGGAAGGUGAAGGCCCUGCCCAGCCCCUACGGGAACAAGGCCCCGUCAGCGGAGGUGGAGAUGACGGCUUACGUGCUCCUGGCCUAUCUCUCCCUGCCCAAUGUGUCUGCUGCCGACAUGGCGACCGCUGCCCAAAUCGUCCGCUGGCUCAGCAAGCAGCAGAACCCCUACGGGGGCUUUGCUUCCACACAGGACACGGUGGUGGCCCUGCAGGCCCUGGCCAAAUACGCAGCCCUGACGUACAGCACGAGCGGGGCUGUGUCGGUGACAGUGAGCUCCCAGGCUGGGGCCCGGCAGCAAUUCCACGUGGAGAACGCCAACCGGCUGGUGCUGCAGCGAGCGGCCCUGCAGGAGAUCCCCGGGCAGUACACGGUGCGGGCCAGCGGCGAGGGCUGUGUCUUUGUGCAGCUGACUCUGCGCUACAACGUGCCGCCCCCAAAGAGCGCCGUGACCUUUGACCUGCGGGUGGAGACGGAGCCGAAGGAGUGCACCGAGAGCGCCAGAUCCCACUUCGGCCUCGUCCUGCACGCCCGGUACAGCGGGGAGCGCUCAGCCACCAACAUGGCCAUCAUCGAGGCCAAGCUGCCGUCCGGCUACACCCCCGUCAAGAGCUCCCUGCGGCAGCUGGAGAAGCAGCGUUCGGUGAAGAGGCUGGAGGUGCAGAACGACCAGGUGACGCUCUAUCUGGACCAGCUGACGAAGGAGGCGGCGAGUUUCACCUUCUCCCUGGAGCAGGAUUUCCCUGUGAAGAAUCUCAGAGCAGCCCCAGUGAGACUGUACGAUUACUAUGAGACGGGUGAACACACAGAGGCUGAGUACAGCGCCCCCUGCGGCUCAGCUCCUGAUGCAAACACGAUGGGAAAUUCCCGCUGA